CAGUCAGUGGACAGCAACAGUCGAGUUCUACACAGCGUUGACACAACUAGAAGCAUAAGAAAGGAUUACAUAAUCAUCAAUACAAAAUGAAGACAUUUGUUGUUGUAUUUGCGCUUAUCGCACUCAUAGCGCCUGGUCAGGCGACUUUCGGUAAAUUAGCGCUGCUCGCGGGCGUAAGCGGUGGUGUUGGCGGCGGCGGCUACGGUCCUAGCUAUAGUCCUGGUUAUGGUGGUGGCUAUGGCGGUGGUUAUGGUGGCGGCUAUGGUUACGGUGGUGGAUAUAAUGGUGGUUAUGGUGGCUACGGCGUUACGCCAUACUCAAAUAGUCGCGAAAACGUCGUCAAAGUGAUAAAGGUGUCUGUGGUGCCUGGGGGCAGCUAUGGUGGUGGUUACAACACAGGUGGUUACAGCACUGGCGGCUAUGGUGGUUAUGGCUAUGGCGGUGGCGUUUACAAUGGUGGUUAUGCGAGUGGCGGUGUAGCCUACCCUGCGAUGACCACUUCGGCGGUCGUGACACCUGUAGUGACAGCUGUCUCAACUCCAGUUCCAGCUCCGGUCUCCUACGGUGCCACCUAUGGCAGCGGUUAUGGUUAUGGUGGCGGUGUUGGUCUGGGCUACGGUGGUGUUGUUGGUGGUGGAGCAAUUGGUGGCGGCGGUAUUGGUGGUUUGGGUCCUUUGGGCCCAGAAGGCUGGUGCUAGUGGAAAACGUAGGCGAAUUGUGGCCGUGCUCUUGAUGGAAACGACAAACCGUUGUAACGAAUUUGAUGUUGGUAAUUUGUAUAUAUAUAACUGUAACGAUGAAUUCAGUAUUAAAGUGAAUAAUAAAUAUAUUUUUAGUUUUGAAACAAACUAACGAAGA